AUGGCUUCCUUAAAAGACGAGACAACAUCGUUUAUAUUGGAUGUCAAACUUUAUGCAUUUAUUAAAGGGAGUGAUAUCUGGUUAUUGCUUGAGGACCUUCCCAACCGUCAUUGGGAAAAUGAUAAAAUUGUUGUCAGCAUUGUUGUGUCAGACAUUCUUUACUUGAAUGGGAAGUCACUUUUGCAAAGACAAUUCAAGAAUCGCUUUGAGGAACUUGAGCACCUAUUUGAGUUGUUGCCAGGUAUCAAGUACAGAGUCAAUGUGUUGACUGAUCUCAAGUUUCUUAAAGGCUUUUUAAAUGAUUCUCCCAAGUCAAGCUUGAUUGUGAAGUCGUAUCUCUUUGAUUCCACUUAUGAACCACACAAAAAGUUGCGGAAUUGGCUUAUUCUUACAGAUGAAGAUUUGGUAGAACUGGAAGCAGCCAUUGAUUGGGGUGUUGAAGAUGCAUCUCCUGGUGAUAGUGCUGAAGAUUUGUCAGAGCUGGAAGCAGCCAUUGAUUGGGGUGUUGAAGAUGCAUCUCCUGGUGAUAGUGCUGAAGAUUUGUCAGAGCUGGAAGCAGCCAUUGAUUGGGGUGUUGAAGAUGCAUCUCCUGGUGAUAGUGCUGAAGAUUUGUCAGAGCUGGAAGCAGCCAUUGAUUGGGGUGUUGAAGAUGCAUCUCCUGGUGAUAGUGCUGAAGAUUUGUCAGAGCUGGAAGCAGCCAUUGAUUGGGGUUCGUCAAGUGGUAGUGGUGAAGAUGUUGAUUAG